AAACAGUCUACGCCACCGCGCCGUUCCGGUCGCACGUACCACGCGUACAUUUAUCUCGUAACCCGGUAGUGCAUUAUACUUUGGGACCAAAGCCAAUAGCAAGCUAUAUUCGGAACACACAACCAUGGCGACAGGCUGGCUAGCUUGGGAAUGCGUAGUGUUUGGCGUGUUCGUGUGCGCGACGUCGUGCGUGCCGCUGUGGCGCGCGCGCGGCGCCCGCGCAGGGGGCAGCGCGAAGCGCGCGUACAUAUUCGCGGGCGGCGGGGUCAGCACGCUGGCUAUGGUGCUGUCAGUCGCUAGGGGAACGCUUGGAGUUAGAAGCUUUUUGGGUUUUCCAUCAGAGCUGGUGUACCGAGGGUCCGCGAUGUGGGAGACCCUGUACGGGAUGAUCCUGGCCUUCCCCCUCGUCUGCUGGGUCUUCGUGCCGGUCUACUACAGACUCCAGACCAACUCCGUGUACGAAUACUUACAGAUGCGAUUCCACUGCGCCUGGGUCCGCCGACUGGCCGCAGCCACGUUCCUCAUCCGCCAACUCUUGAACCUCGCUGUGACAGUAUAUACUCCCACGGUUGCCCUUCACGCGGUACUAGCACUGCCUCAUUGGGCAUCAGCUGCUGCGCUCACGGCGGUUGGGAUCGUAUUUAACCUGCUUGGGGGACUCUCGGCUGCUAUCAAGGCCGACGUGAUACAAACCAUGACAAUGAUAAUAGUGAGCGGCGCCUUCAUAAUCCAAGCGACCAUCCGCGCCGGCGGCCCGCAGAAGGUUCUAGAAGACAACAUAGACGGAGGAAGGCUACAGUUCUUCAAAUUCCAUUGGGAUCCAACCAUCCGCGUAGACACCCUCUCCGCCAUCGUGGGCCAACUCUUCAUGUCUCUCUCUAUCUAUGGCUGUCAACAGACCUUCGUCCAGCGCUACUGUUCCAUGAAUAGUGAAGCUCGAGUCCGGAGAACCCUGCUAGCUAAUGUCCCGGCUGUGGGGGUUCUCUUCAGCAUGUCUUGGGUUGUUGGUAUGGCGCUCUACGCUGUCUACAGAUACUGCGACCCUCUGACGUCCGGCAGAAUCGCAGCUCCUGAUGAGGUCCUACCGUUCUACGUGCAGGAUCAGUUUGGAUUCCUGCCUGGGAUGCUGGGACUGUUUCUGGGAAGCUUGUUCAACGGAGCUUUGAGCUUCCUGGUAUCCAAUGUGAACUCUUUGGCUACGGUGACGUGGGAAGACUUUGUGUCUGCUGCACCAGCAUUCCAAGGCAUCUCUGAUAAGCAGCAGCUUACUGUGAUCAAGAUCAUUGGAGUGAUCUAUGCCAUCAUAAUCAUGUGCCUAUCCCUCUGCGUGGGCAUGGUCGGUGGUGUCAUCGAGGGCUCCAUGCUCGUCACCUCCGCCACCUCAGGAGCCCUACUCGGGGUCUUCGUCCUCGCCACACUGUGCCCUAUCGCCAACGGCAAAGGAGCCUUGUGGGGCAUGAUCGCAGCACAUUUUAUAACCACGUGGAUGGCUGCUGGACGAUUGCUAUAUGUGGAUACCAGUGUGGCUAUGCUGCCGUUGUCUGUUGAUGAGUGUCCCAACGGAACGAUGAACGUGUUCCACAAACCACUACCAGUCGGAGUGAACCAGACGCUGAUGCAGCUGGAACACCUGCUGCAAAACAUGAACACGAGUCGCGUGUACGUUCCCCAGGAGUCUGCGUUCACCACGGCUCUCCACCGCAUGUACUCCGUGUCCUACAUGUGGUACGCGGUCAUCGGCACAUUCACCUGCGUCAUCAUCGGUUGCAUCAUCGGAGCCAUCACCAGUACUGAUGCGGAUGUCUUCGAUGAGCGUCUCUUGCAUCCACUUGUUGCUACCAUUUAUAAUAAGAUGCCAGGAAAAAAACGCACCUACAGCAACGAGAAAGCCAAAACUCCAGAAAAGGACUCCAGUGAAAAAACUGACGUCACAUUAGCCGAAGAUUUAAAAGAAACAAGCCCUGCCAAGAUUCCUAGCCCUGCUGUAAAACGACGAGAAAAAGAACAGCCAGAUCCAAUUUUUGCAACGAGUAGUAGUAAAGAUGCUGCGCCGACAGUAGAUAUUAAAAAGGCGUUUUUAAGUCCAGCUAAGAUUGCUAUAACAACUGUAAAAACACAGCCAAAGGAAGAGCCAAGUCCGGCUGCUUUUGCAACGACGAGUAGCAGACAUUUUGAUGCUUAUGAUACCAACGUAAGAGAAUCACCACUGCCGGUUAGGACACGGUUGUGAUGACAUUUAUUCUAAGAGAUUUGUUAUAGAAUGUUAUUGUUAUAAGACACAGGGAAUAUUACUGAGAAGAGAAAAGGCAAAGUUAAUGAUAGUACUUUUGAAACGUAUGAUUUGAAGACAGAAGUUUUGAGAACUGAUGAAAAAGCUAGAUUUCAACUUGGUUUCUCAGUAGGUAUUCGUAUCUAUUAACGCAAACCUAAUUAUAUCAAUUGAAGGUUGCAAUAUUUUCUUAGAAUGGUUCUUUAAAUUUGAUGGAAUGGACUUGCCUUAAACGUAAAGCAUUUUUAGUUGUGAACCGCACACAAGGCGCAGAUAAUAUUAUAGUCCGUACCACAUUGGAGCUCCAUGAGCUACAAGUACUGCUUGUACUAUUCUGUGCUUUGAGUGUUAAGCUUUAGUUAUGCUAUAGAAUGGUUAAAUUAACCAUUUUAAUAUUUAGUUUACUUAUGUUGAUCUGUGGUACUUUAAGUGCCUUUGUCGAAUUAAUAUUUAUAAUAGAAUAUAGGCUUUCAGUAUUUGUGCUGAUAAAUGACUUAUUUAUAAGUUUUAAAUAUUAAUUAAAUCAUUUAGGUAAUUAAGUAAAAUGCGUGUAGAGGAUGUUGAAAACGUGUGAUCCAAUAGUUCGUUAUAAUUUAUCAAAGUCAAAGGGUCUGGCCUGGCCCUAUGAUCUAUAAAUUUAGAAUAGAAAAGAAUAGAUAAAAAAUAAAUAAUUUAGAUAACAAUACAAAUAAGACAGAUAAGAAAUUCAAGGAAGUAAAUAAAACAGAAAAAGAGAUGUGAAGCUGAAGUGGUCUCCACUCAGCAACGCGUUCAUCGUUCCGUUGGGACACUCCUGCAUAUAAAAGAAUAGAAUAUAAAUCAAUUAUUCAGACAACAAUACAAAUAAGACAGAUAAGAAAUUCAAGGAAGUAAAUAAAACAGAAAAAGAGAUGUGAAGCUGAAGUGGUCUCCACUCAGCAACGCGUUCAUCGUUCCGUUGGGACACUCCUGCAUAUAAAAGAAUAGAAUAUAAAUCAAUUAUUCAGACAAAAAUACAAAUAAGACAGAUAAGAAGUUCAAGGAAGAAGUAAAUAAAACAGAAAAAGAGAUGUGAAGCUGAAGUGGUCUCCACUCAGCAACGCGUUCAUCGUCACAUCAUCGUCGUCGUAUUCAUUAUCAUAAUCAUAUUUAAUGUGACAUACUCUUAAAUUAAAACGAGACUUUAAUCUUAUCAUAAUAUGUAUUAUGAUUGUUAAUAAAAAUCACUGCUCUGAGGUGUUGGCCAUUUGCAAAAACAACAUAAUUCUUCUUAUUCAGUCGGGCAAAAUGCGUCCAUACGAGCAAACUGCGCCUACCAUAGGUACAACAGAAAGUAAAUGGUUAAGAGGUGGAGGUAAGAGGAGGAACGGGAGCGAUUUACUAUCUGUUGCAUCUAGGUUAGGCGCAUUUGUCCAUAGGCGUGACAUUCGGAUUCAGACUAUACCAGCACCAGUUACUGCCGACUGCAUUACUGCCGUAAAUGUCAAAAUCAAUGUUACUGCCUGGAUUUUUGACAAUGCAGCAAUGCAGUUGUCAGUAAUGUCGCGCUGCAAUACUGCAGCAGUAAAGCUGGUGUAGUCUGAAUCCGAACGGUACCUUAAUUAUUGCAACGUUAUUGCUGCAGUAAUAACCUCCUAAGGCCCAAGGUCCUUUUUUUUGACACAGGGGUAAAUGCAUUUACGCAUCUCACCCUCGGGCUGGGGAAGCUCAUUGGGGGGGAAGUAUGUGGGACUCGCUCCUCCCGUACCUCCUCUAACCAGAGGAUGGGGAGGAGAAUUAAAUACGCACUAACAUCCCCUGCGGCGUCACCCUCUCAGACGUUGCAUGGGGGCAUCAUGGUCUCGCGCAUUCAUUCUUCCACCAUGCCCCCCGGAGGCCCAAGGUCCUACCCAUAGUACCUACUUCUUCAGUUCAAUGAAAUUUAAACCAUAUUCACUUGGAAUAAUUGCUUCUUUUGUUUCGUUAAAUUUUCAAACAAAUAAAAAUCAACCCUAUUCCCUGCACUAUAGGUUCAAAUUUCAGUGGCAAAUUUUUUUUUUUUUUUUUUUUCAUUUGUAUGGCUGGGCCUUAGGAGGAUAAAGCGGGUGAUGACACUGACAAUUUCCUUGAUGAAGAGUAUUAUAUAGUUUAAAUGUUCUAAUCGCUGCAGUAAUUCUGCAAUAAAUGUCACUCAUUUUAUAUAAAAAAAAAUACAAUGACAGCGCCAGCGUCAAGGCCAUAACAGUAAAAUCGCAACAGUAAUGUUGCUGCAGUCGUCAUCCGAAUGUAAUUUUUAUUUAACCUAGAAUUGAUUAAGACAUUAAAUAAAAAACAUAAAACGGGCUGCGAAAAUAUAGAUUUACUUAUGUGAUCUUUCUCAGUAUUAGUUAGUUUAGUGCGCGUAAGUUUUAACUAUUAGAAAUAAGAACUGAAUAAGAAUAAAUUACUGUAUCAUAUAAAAUAAAAAAACUCAAUUAAGUGUAUGUUUGACUGAGUGCCAAUAUUUUUGUAAUAAUUAUUAUGAUACUAUUGUGAUAAUAAAGUGCAAUAAAUAUUUUUGAUUAUU